AUGUCGGGCGGUGACGGCCUGCGGCCUCGCCCCGGCCCAGCACCCAGGCUCAUAGAAGGCCCGAAAACCGGCCAGAGAAGCCUGUACCAACAGCAUGUCCUCGAUGAAGACGAAUACACGGACGCACUGUCCCACAUUAUCCAGCGCGACUUCUUCCCCAACCUCCCACAUCUGCACGCCACAAACGACUACCUGUCCGCUCUGGCAGACAACGACCCCGAGCUCCUCAGCUCGAGUAUCCGCCGCCUGACACGUAUCGCCGGCGCCAAGGACGACGCGCGCGAGGCUCGCCGUAACGCGCGUCUUGACCCCGACGCAAAGCGCCGUGCCGAGGUGGCCGACACACCCUACUCGCGGUUCGGAGAAACGCCCCUGGGUAUGCGUGGCAGCGAGACGCCCGGAUUCGCGACUAUGCGCCGGUCACACGAGGCCGAGGACGUGUACGACUUUGACGAGGCAGGGCCGUCGCGGACCAAGAAGCAGCGGCUCGUCCGCGACGACCUGAGUCUCGACGCCUUCCAGCGCAACUACACAAGCGAGGACAAUGCGAGCUUUGUCCAGAUCGUCGAGGCUGAGAACCAGCGCCGGCGAGAGGACAAGGCGUGGGCGUUUGAGGCCGAGCGUGUGAGCGAGGACAAGCGCAUUGCCGGUGACGAGCGGAGAAAGCUCAUUCUCGACGCGGCGACCAGUGGAGGGUGGAGGGUGGACGCCAACGGCCGGAGGUUGAUAGGUGGGCUGAGUGAAGGCGGAGCGGAACAGGCCGAAGGCGAGGCAUGGCGAGAGCGCAAGAUGAUCACCGCUGGACCAGUGGGGACGACUACAGCCACUCCAUCAGACCCAUCCCGGGCCCUCGUCAAGUCUCAAGGCGGCGGUGCCCUCGUCAAGGCAACAGACGCAGCGGCGGCAUCCGUUCUCCCACCAUCCAAGGUCGAGGAGAAGACACUCCCCGAAGACCACCCAUUGUCCCGAGCCCUUGUCUCGGCAGGCCUACCGCCGACGGCCCUCGUGUCGACCGAGGACGGCGCUAUCGUACCCCAGCGCGAGGCGGUCGCCGGUUCCGGCGAAGGACGUGGCCGUGGAGACGAGGAGCGCGACCGCCGCCGACAAAUUGAGAAGGGUGUCAUGGGAGGCGAGGGGCAAGACGACGGCGGCACUGUGCAGCAGUGGCCUUACAAGCCGUUUCAAAACUUGACGAAACCCAAAGCCAAGCCUCUUGCCGCCCCACCCAGCAUCUCUCACAAGAACACGCGACUGCAGGAAGAAGAAGACGAAGAGCCAAGCAGCAGUAGGGCCGGUAGCGUUCGCGGAAGCAGCCCUGCGCGGUCCUACGUCGACGCAGCUAUCGAGGGCAGGCCGUAUGUACCCCGCCAACUGCGUGGCGAGGAAGAAGCACACCCUUUGGUGCCGACAGAAGCCGACCUCAUACCCGAGGACUUGCCUCCGCUCAUGACGUGGGGCACGCUCCUCGCCACUCCCAAGCGCCUCGACGGCUCCGAUGACCCACUGGAUCUGGACAGCCCGUCCUUCCGUCUGCCCGAGACCAAGCGCCGUGACGAGAUUGGACGCAAGCUCGGUGCCAAGGCCAGCAGGUCCAUCGCCGACAGGGCCAAGGCGUACACCCCGCGCCCGUCGCCGUCGACCCCGUCAUUGACCGACGCCCUCCGCGCUGCAGCCAACAAGACGCGGACGGGAGACCGCUCCGUCCGCGGUUCGAUGCAGCCGCCGUCCACCCCGCGAGGCGAGGGCGGGCUUACUCCCGCAGCCAGGAGUCUCCUGGACCGCUCGCUGGGGCGCACACCACAGCGGAGCGGUGGAGGAGGACUGGGUGCCGCACUGGGGUCGAGUGGCAAAGCGAGGAGCGCGGCGAUGGAGAAGGGCGCCGGUUGGGCACGGUCGAGCUCGGCGGCCAGGAGCUGGACCCCGAGUCCUGCGCCUAGGAGGUAG